AUGGUGUCUACAUUCAACGUCUUGUUGAGCAUUUUCACUGUGUUUCUUUGCUCUUCGGGGAUUCUGGCAGACUUAGCUCCCGAGCGGACGUACUCUGCCCUGGACCUGCAUAAUCAAUAUCGUCUUGCUGUGAAUAAUCCUCCGGCUGCCGACAUGUUAGAGAUGACUUGGGAUGAUGAACUCGCCGAUAAAGCCCAGGGAUGGGCUGACAACUGCGAGUUUGCAUAUGAUCCUAAGCACUAUACGGCCAAGUACGACUCUGUUGGACAAAAUCUAUAUUCCUCAGAUGAAUUAGUAGAUAUCUUCCAGAACGCAACAGCCACUUGGGCUGAAGAAAAGGAUUACUAUAUAUAUGACUAUCCGUGCCCUGCUGGGCAGGUUAUCUGGGCCAAAAGCUAUAAACUUGGCAUGGCUGUUUCUUCGCGAAAAUGUCCUUUUGGCCAAUAUCUGGUAGUUGCAAAUUACGCGAAGGGUGGAUACCUAGGGGAACCACCCUAUACUGCGGGCACCCCAGCUUCCCAAUGUCCUGCGGGAUCGCAACCCGGAGCUUCUGGAAUGUGUGAGGUAACCGAUGAAGACCAGCUAAGGGAAACGAUCGGCCUGAGCACUCAUAAGGAAACGGAUUAG